UAAGAAUUGAAUUGAAUUUUCUUAGCGCUUGCUUCCUGUAUGGCUAAGGCUUAGAAAUUGAAAUUCAAAUACUAGAUUUUUUAAUAUUUAACUUAAGAUAAUCUUGUUUUCCAGUUACUAAUAAUAUUGAAUUUGUUAGAACAAAAAAAAACCUUGUAAUGAAAUAGUAAUCACUAUUUUACGUAAAAUGCGUGGAAUGUAAUAGUUUUGUGUUAAUUUCCUCAUUUAAGCUGUAUUUCUUCAUUGUGUUUUAAUACUCCAAUAAAUAAGAGAGAAAUUAAGAUAUGGCAGGUCCUAUAGAAAGGAUUCAAGUACUCGACGACAUAGAAAAAGAUAUAAUUACAUGUUUACAAUGUGCAGCUCAAGCAUUAUUGGAGUUAGGUAAAGAAAGAUCAAGUCAGAAGCAAGCUGAGAGUAAUACCUCUCAAUUUCUCAGGACUUUAAGUCAGGUUGAAUCUAAACUUAGUGAUCAAAUAAAUUAUUUGACACAAGUGUCCACUGGCCAACCACAUGAAGGAUCAGGUUAUGCAUCACAAAAAGUAUUACAGAUGGCUUGGCAUCGUUUAGAACAUGUACGCUCCUGGGUAAAUGAACUUGAAAGACACAAAGCAUCUCACUUAGCUGCAGGAAAUAGAACAACAGUAGGUGUCAUAAAUGGCAAUAUGACCUCAUCUGGAACAAGCACUCAAUAAGUAGGUUGUAUUAACAUAAAGCUUAUGAAAUAUUUAAGAUAAUAGUCUUGUGAAUGUGUAAGUGAAAGGUAGUAAGAGUGAAUUACCCUUAUUGAUCAUUGUCGUAUUAAAUUGUAUAAAACAUA